AUGGUCCUUGCAAGUACUCCUCCUACCAUCUUCACUGCAACUUCGGCUUACAGCUUACUUGCUGUACUUGCUGUCGGAACGGUCGCCUACAUCAGUGCCAAUGCUCUUCUACCAAAGCACGCGCGAUGGCAAGACCGGUAUAUUUUUAUUUGGCUUGCAUUUGAUGCUAUGAUACAUUUCUCUUUUGAGGGCUCGUUUUUGUGGCUCUCUCUCUUUGGGAGACAAGUCAACACGAGCGUCGGACCAUUUGCAGAGAUGUGGAGGGAAUACGCUAAAGCAGACUUCCGAUGGGGGUUCGCUGACCCAGACGUAGUGUCGCUGGAACUCCUCACGGUUCUCGUCGCUGGUCCCCUUUGCUGCUACAUCUUGAAACAGCUGGCCGCCAAUGAUCCUGCUAGGCACUACUGGAUUGUGGUGCUUUGCACGGCAGAGCUUUACGGCGGAUGGAUGACAUUCUGCCCCGAAUGGCUUAUCGGGAGCCCCAACCUCAAUACGUCGAACCCUCUGUAUCUCUGGGUAUAUCUCGCCUUCAUGAAUCUCUUAUGGGUCUUCAUCCCGUUGUUGCUCAUGGUCGAUUCGUACGGGUUUAUUGCUGGCACGCUCCGGCAGGCCCAGAAGAAUUCAGGCAGAAAGGCCGUGUAA